ACAACUGAGAAGCAAGACCACGAAAACGUAAGCUGCAUUUUUAAUAUAUCCGUGAUGAAGAUCGCAAAGCGCAUCGCGAUUAUUGGGGCCGGAGCGAGUGGAUUAACAUCUGUAAAGUGUUGCCUUGAUGAAGGCUUACAGCCGACCUGCUUUGAAAGGAGCGAUGAUAUUGGUGGACUAUGGAACUACCAGGUGAACUCCUCCAUGGAGCAUCCGGGUAUUUAUAAGACGUUGAUCAUAAAUACCUCCAAAGAGAUGAUGUGUUUCAGCGAUUUUCCGAUUCCUGAUGAUUAUGCCAACUUCAUGCAUAAUUCAAAAAUCCUUCGUUACUUCAGGGCUUACGCUGAGAACUUCAAUCUAAUGAAAUACAUUCGCCUGAAGACCAAUGUCUGCAACAUAAUGAAGGAGCAGGAUUUCUCUACCAAUGGACAAUGGACCGUCACAACUAAAGAUGAAGACGGAAAUAUUGAAACAUCUGUUUACGAUGCAGUUAUGAUCUGCACAGGACAUCAUUGUAAUCCACACACACCAUUGGAUUCCUUCCCUGGCAUAACAUCUUUCACAGGCCAAUAUAUCCACAGCAAGGAAUACAAGGAUCCUCAAUUAUUUGAAGGAAAGAAUGUCGUUGUGAUUGUGAUCGGGAAUUCUGGAGCGGAUCUUUCUGUCGAAAUCAGCCAAACUGCAAAACAGGUUUUUCUGAGCACUAGGAGAGGGUCUUGGGUUUUGAACAGAGUUGGGAGCCAAGGAUACCCAGGUGAUAUGGUUUCUAACCGACGUUCGGCCCAAUUGCUGAAGGAUCUCAUACCACAAUCCAUCUUGAAAUGCUUCGUUGAACGAUCAUUGAACAAGAGAUUUAACCAUGUCAACUAUGGACUUCAACCAGGCCACAGUAUUUUCAGUCAACACCCGAUGGUGAACGAUGAUCUGCCAACCCGUAUCAUAUCGGGCAGGGUUCUGGUCAAACCCAAUGUCAAGAGUUUCACCGAGACGACAGCCAUCUUCGCCGAUGGCUCAGUUGAAGAGAUCGACUUUGUGGUCUUCGCCACGGGGUAUACGUUUUCAUACCCGUUCCUGGAUGAGUCUGUGGUCAAGGUGGAAAAGAACCAGGUGGACCUGUACAAGCUCGUGUUCCCGCCCGCAAUCACCCACCCAACUCUUUGUAUCAUUGGCCUCAUGCAACCGGUGGGAGCCAUCAUGCCCUUAUCAGAACUACAGGCUCGCUGGGCUACAAGGGUUUUCAAAGGGGAUGUUAAAUUACCAUCGACAGCCGAUAUGACCACGGACACAAUGGAGAAGAAAGAAAAGAUGUCCAACAGGUACGUCAAAUCCCCGCGCCACACCAUCCAGGUGGACUACAUCGCUUAUGCUGAUGAAUUGGCCGAUCUCAUAGGUGCCAGACCCAACCUCAAGAGUCUUGCUAUUCGAGAUCCAAGACUGGCCUACCAUGUCUUCUUUGGACCAUGUACACCUUGCCAAUAUCGUCUAGCUGGUCCGAGGAGUUGGGGGGAAGCCAGGGAAACCAUCUUGACCACGUGGGAUCGUGCUAUUCGUCCAACCAAGACACGUAUAUUGGUGCAAAGUCGUAGUGAUCUCCCAAUCCCUCUGUUCUUCAACCUCCUUGCCUUCCUGCUGGCUAUUUGUGCAAUCUUGUACUUCUUCUAGACAAUUGGCCCUGAGUUUAGUUUGGAUAUACAGCGCGGAAACAGGCCCUUCGGCACACCGAACCAAUAGACAACAUGUGCAGGAGUCGGCCAUUCGGCCCUUCGAACCAG